UUUCCGUAAUGACAUACACACUUAAAAAAUUAUUAAAAUUUCUUUUCAUCAUAUAAUCAUGACCUUACGAUUUUUAUCUUGGGAUUAUAAUAACCCAUUGAAGCUUAAACGAAUAUAUUGGCCUUACAGAUAUUUGACUACGGGUGUAGCACAAUGUCAAGCAUCAAAAAGCGCCACUGAAAACUCCUCCAUUGGCACCGGCCAUAGUGACGCUCAACCUAAAGAUGUUCAAAUGAAAUCAGUUGAGGUAUACCGCUGGAAACCUGGUGAAAAUCCUCAGAUGCAAACUUACAAAAUUGAUUUGCGACACUGUGGUCCCAUGGUUUUAGACAUAUUGAUAAAAAUCAAAAAUGAAGUGGAUCAAACUUUGACCUUUCGCCGAUCUUGUCGUGAGGGUAUAUGCGGUUCAUGUGCCAUGAAUAUAAACGGCCUUAACACUUUGGCGUGUACCUGCAAAAUAGAUAAGAAUUUAUCGCAGCCCCUGCGCAUUUAUCCCUUGCCACACAUGUAUGUGGUACGGGAUCUGGUACCAGAUCUGUCGCAGUUCUAUGAACAAUACCGUUCAAUACGACCAUGGUUGCAACGAAAGAAUAACAAAAUGGAGAUUACAGGAUCAGCCCAGUAUUUGCAACACCCGGCCGACCGCGAAGUCUUAGAUGGUUUGUAUGAGUGCAUAUUGUGUUGCUGUUGCCAAGCUUCCUGUCCCUCAUAUUGGUGGAAUAGUGAUCGUUAUUUGGGUCCAGCCAUCUUAAUGCAAGCCUAUCGUUGGGUUAUUGAUUCACGUGAUGAGGCGACCGAAGAACGUUUGAAUCAACUUAGGGAUCCGUAUAAAAUCUAUCGAUGCCACACUAUCAUGAACUGUACCAAUACAUGUCCCAAAGGACUUAAUCCAGCUAAAGCUAUUGUGAAAUUGAAACAAUUACUGGCUGGCUAUAGCAAAAAGCCCAAACCAAAAUUUAAUCCUUCUAAACUAGAAGAUGAUGUAAACUUAAACUAAUGAGAAAUAUAUUUUGUAAUAAAAUUGUUGAUGGAGCAUCUGUUAAUCUA